CUUGUUAGUAACACCUUAUUGUCAGACUACAGGUCUGGUUACUCCUCCACCAUGGUCAGUGGGAUGUUCUUUUGGGGGCUCUUAUACAUGAUUCUGAUGUUGUUUGACACAUAUACAGUUUUUAAUGAAGAUCUUGACUGAGAAACCAGCCUUGAAACAUAAUAUUUGUCCCUGAAGCUCAGGAAUGUGAGAAGAUGACCGAUCUUGACCUUCAACACUCCAUUGUUGGGACGGCUGUGAAUGUUCGAUUAUUGCUGUACACACGGGAGAAUGUGUCCUGUGGCCAGCUGCUCUCCCACCAACAGCCCUUUAGUAAUCCUCACUUUGACCUCCGCCGUCUCACCACCUUCCUCAUCCAUGGCUACCGUCCCACUGGCUCCCCCCCAGUGUGGAUGUACCAGUUUGUGAAGUCUCUUCUGAACCAAGGAGACAUGAACCUUAUCGUGGUGGACUGGAACCAUGGUGCCACCAACAUCAACUAUCUCAAAGUUGUCAAGAACACACGUGUGGUGGCUGCAAAGCUUAUUGAUCUCAUCCAUAAAAUGAAGGAAAAUGGGGCUGCACUUGGCUCUAUACACAUGAUUGGCAUCAGUCUGGGAGCCCACAUUUCAGGUUUCACUGGGGCCAAAUUUAAUGGUGAAAUCGGCAGAAUAACAGCACUGGAUCCAGCAGGACCACAAUUUAAUGGUCAGCCUAUCAGUGAUCGCCUAGACUCCUCUGAUGCCCAGUUUGUGGAAGCACUACACACUGAUAUAGAUGCAUUAGGCUACCGGAACCUCCUGGGUCACAUCGAUUACUAUGCAAAUGGUGGAGCAGAUCAACCAGGAUGCCCCAAAACCAUCUUUUCAGGAUCGGAGUAUUUCAAGUGUGACCACCAGAGGUCAGUGUUUCUCUAUAUGAGCUCUGUUAAUGGGUCUUGUCCCAUUAUUGCCUACCCUUGUGACUCCUACACAGACUUCCUGGAUGGGAAAUGCAUGGACUGUGGCAAAUUUGGGUCUGCUGGAUGCCCUGUUUUUGGUUAUGAUGCCAUUCGAUGGAAGGAGGCACUGGUGCAGUUGGAACAAACAAGAACAUAUUUCCAAACAAACAAUGCUUUUCCGUACUGCAAGUUCGGUUACAAGGUUGAUAUUGUGACAUGGAACCAGCAAACACAGUGGGGUUCUUUAACAAUUAAAUUAGAAGAUGGAAAACAAGAGACACAAGUUGAACUCAACCAUAAGUCCAUAAUGUUUGCAAAGUAUGUGGAGACCAGCCUUCUUGCUCAAUUUGAUAGAGACAUUCAGCCUGUUAAAAGUAUCACAGUGAAGUUCUGUAAAAGGAAAGGAUUACGACCAAGGAAGAAACUACGACUGCUCCGCAUACGCCUCACUCCUUUACAGAACAACCUCCGGCCUCUUUGUCGCUAUGAUCUUCUACUAGAAGAAAAUAAAGAUGUGACUUUCAGACCAAUUCCAUGUGAAGAUUCCAACUUUUGAUCCAGAGGAUUUUGAUGGCUAGUUUGACAGUACGCAUAACACCACUGCCUCUUUUUGUAAAUUACUUGCAUAAUGGUGUCAUUUGAUUCAUUUGUAGUCUUUAAAUGUUUUCUUGAGUGUUAGUCUAUUUUUCAAGAGAAAAUACACAUUUCAAUUUCAUAACAAAAUUCAGUUGUGUAACUAAAUGAAAUUGAUAAAACUUUGGUUGAUUGAUAAAAAGAUUACUCAUUCAAUUUGAUGGAUUUUUGUUAUGAAAUAUCAAUGUGUAAAUCAUUUAAGUUUUGCAGGACUACUUUGUUUUUCUAUGUAAUGUAAAUUAAUAUUUUUGUAUAUCAGUGAUAUUUAUGGAAUUGCCUCAGUUUUCUAGGAUUUAAAUUAUCUAAAAUCUACAUCUCUUACGUUGAUGUGAAUACAAAAU